AUGGCAGAAUUUACAGGCUACAAGGAAACCUCAAAUCGGCACCUGCGAUUCAAAUUGCAGAGUCUCAGUCGCCGCCUUGAUGAACUGGAGGAAGCAACCAAAAAUCUGCAGAAAGCAGAGGAUGAGCUGCUUGACCUCCAGGACAAAGUUAUCCAGGCAGAAGGCAGCAACUCCAGCAUGCUGGCUGACGUUGAAGCCCUGCGGAAAAGAGUGCUGAAGAUUGAAGGCAAGGAUGAAGAAAUUAGGAAGGCUGAAGAACUUUGCCGGUUAAUGAAAGAAAAACUUGAAGAGGAAGAGAGCCUCACCCGAGAGCUGAAGUCAGAAAUCGAACACCUUCAGAAGAGAAUGGCAGAGCUGGAGAAGCUGGAGGAGGCCUUUGGCAGGAGCAAGAACGACUGUACGCAGCUGUGUCUUAGCCUCAAUGAAGAAAAGAACUUGACCAAAAAGAUAUCUACAGAAUUAGAAAUACUUAGAGUGAAAGUGAAAGAACUGGAAGCAUCUGAGGACAGGCUGGAUAAAACUGAGCAGAGCUUAACGGGCGAGUUAGAAAAACUGAAAUCCUUAGCACUGAGCUUUAUCACUGAAAGAAAACAUUUUAAUGAAAGAGAAAAGCAGAAUGAAAAAAUAAUCCAGGAGCUAACACAGAAACUAGAACAAAACAAUAAACUAAAUAGGGCAGAUCAAACUAGAAAUGCAUCCAACUUGCUAGAAAGGUCAUCAAAUAAUCUCCUGGACAGAAAUGAUUUGAGAAUUGAAGAUGACUUGACUUCUGCGUUGCCCUCUAAGGAGACCAGGAGGAAGGGAAGUGUGGAUUACCUGAAACAUGUAGAAAAUGAAACCAGGAAUAAAUCAGAAAAUCAAAAGAAUAAAAAUCAGGAAGACAACAAAGUGAAAGAUCUCACCCAAGAAAUCGAGAAACUUAAAACUCAGAUCAAACGUUUUGAAUCUUUAGAAGAAGAACUUAAAAAAAUGAGAGCCAAAAACAAUGACCUGCAAGACAGUUACUUGAGUGAACAGAAUAAAAACAAACUCCUAAUGGGUCAGUUAGAAGAAAUAAAAAUGCAAAUAAAGAAACAGAAAGAUCUGGAGAAUGGGGAGGUCGAAAAUGAAGAUACAAGCUUUUCUAGCAGGGGAAAACAUGACAGACCUAAAUACAGAGGUGUCACAGCUGAUUUGACAGCUGCCAAGCACAAGCCAAGAGAGCUCUCACCGCAACAGCGCCGGGAAAGAGCAAGGAACAGAGAUUUCUCUGUGCCCAGUCCAAGCUUAAUGAACAGAAAAGCAGGAAAAGCAUCUGGUGCAUCUGCCCUUUCAGACACUGCUGUGACAGAUACAAAAAGACUGGAAGAGAAAUCUUUAGUUUCCACUUUUUCUUCUGGUCAGAAGGAAGGCUGCGUCACGCAGAAUGAGGGGAAAAGAUCAAAAGAGCAGCCAUCUGUCCUCAGCCGAUAUCCUCCUGCUGCACAGGAGCAGAAAUCUUGGAAAGCACCUUCCAAACCUGUUGGUGACACAGGCCUGAGAUCCAAGUCUGAAAAGCCAUCUCAGGUGCUCCGUGGCAACUGCCAAACAGGUGCUGAUGCACAGGAUGAGAAGUCAAGCAGAGGAGAAUCAGUGGCUUCUUUGGCUGAGAAGCUGAAAACAAGUAAAGCUGAAAUCCGUGACUGCUCAGGGGACACGCUGCUCACCAGGGGUAAUCACACCUCUUCCAACAGCACAGCUUCGGCGUACAGGUACCACCUCUCCUCCCAUCUGUCGGCGUCGGACUCCACUGGCUCUAAAGUGGAAGCAGCUAACACUGUUGCUGCAUCACACAGACAGCCCUCAGAGGGGAGGGCUAAAAGAGCAAUAAUCUCCCAGGAAAAAGAGUUCACAGACACAUCACUUGAAAGUGCGAAGCCUUCACCACUAACAAAGUGUUCUCAUCGCUCCAGGAGUCAGGAAGACAUUCUGCAGAUUCUCACAGGUCUUGAUAAAGAAGACACAGAGCAGUCUUCAACUUCAGCAACGGAUCAUGUAAAUGCUGGCUUAAAAAUGGACUCCAAAACCAUCCAGAGUAACCAGGAAAAACUUAAUUCAGAUGAAGAAUUGGGAAGAAGCAAAAAACCAACCAACCACUCAGAUUUGGAGACAAGAAAGAAAGCCAGUUCCAAGCAGUUCUCCAAUUCCAGGGGAGUUUUUAGAGCAUCACUUUUUGAAAAUGACAAAAACACUGUAAAUGAUGAAGACUCUACCAAGUGUAUAAAACCAUCAGAUGCCAGCACUGGAGGAUUUAAAUCCAGAAGGUUGUUCAGCCCGAGAGAAGCUCUGAGAUCAAAAGCUGUCAUUAAACCUGCAAUUGUUGAAAAGGAUAUGAAGGCAGUCAUGGGAGGUACUGUUUCUGAGGCAGAGUCAGAAAAACAGAAGUCUGUUUUUAAAAUGGUAACAAAUAAAAUGACAAGCAGCAUCACAAUCUUCCCUUCUGAGCCAACAGCUGCAAGGACCAGUGCAGAUCUAGCAGCAAAGGAAAGGCAUGUUACCACCAGCAACAUCAGAGUUGCUCCAAAUGAGCCUUCACCAAUAACAAACAAUCUCUCCACACCCUUUGAGAUAUCUAUUAAUAAGUGUGCUCUGAAAUUAUCUGAGAUGGACACAGUUGGAGAGGCAGCACCGAGAA